AUGCCACCUCUUCGAAGAAAAAUGGCAAAGCCCUCAUGGAGGCUGUCAAGCCUCGCAGUUGGAUCUGUCAUCGCCGUGGCAGAUAUGGCUACAGUCGUCGUUCCGCCUAAUGCCGAGACAAGGCUGUUGUUGCAGAGAGAAGAUGUGGACGUUGUAGAAAGGGUGAGAAAUGUGAAAGACACAAGAAAAGAAACACACACGAAGGAAGUGGAGGAUAAGGAGGAAGUGACAAGAGACAGACAGCAUCCACAUGCUUCUGGAAUAAAAGAAGUUUCGUCGUCUGGCUCUUCAUCUUCAGGAUCAGGCACGCACCAGGAAGCAACAACAGUAAAAACUGCAUCUGUUGUGAACAAGAAGCAUGCUGCAUUCCAACAGCAACAAGUACACCAAGAUGAAGAAGUGGCAGAAGAUGGAAGUGACGUACCGCACAACGCAGAAGAUGGAAGUGGCCAGCACCAACAUCUCAAAGACACUAGGACUGCGGAAGCGAUGAUCUCUAAAACAGGCACAUCUAAUAUUUCUUUGAAUAAGCUAAUUUUUUAGAGUAAGUUGUGAUAUGACCAGAACAUAUUCUACAGUGCCUGUGCCGCAAUACCUGCAACCAGUCCAAGUACUUUUGAAUGCCUCCAUCACGACCACCAACGAUUUCAGCUACUUCAUCUGGCAGUGUCAGCGACACUAGUGGUGAUGCAGCUACGGAUAGUGACGAUGCAGCAACGACAGAACCCGAAGGUGCUGCAACAAAUAGCACUGAGGCAGCGGAAGAAACUACAGUAGAAGCAGCAGGUGGCGGAAACUUAUGAGUCAACUGAUACAUAGUAAAAUUGUUUCCUUAAUAUAGAUGAUGAUGGUAAUAACAUUUUUGCCAAGGAAUCUAGCACUACUAACUAGGUUCAAAUCUCGUAAUCAGACUCUUGUGAGAACAUUGAUCUCCCUAGAAUCCAUGGACCAUCAUCUCUCUAAUCUAGUAACAUUGAUCUCCCUCCACUCCUGUGAUAUAUACAGAAACAGGAAAUAGACAGAAACAGUGACACCUCCCAGAGCAUCAGCAUUCAACAGCUAGACAUACUGCAAUGUGAUAGUGGCUACAGUGGUUCAUCAUCUCGUCUCUAAUCCUUCCGAUGAUGUACGUGGGAGUAUUUGGUGGUCUCGUUGUUCUUGGUGGUUGCGCUGCACUGGCGAUGAUGAAUAAAGGUGCAGAGAAAAAGCAGAAAGACGAAGAAGAAGACGACCUAAUUUAAGGGUAGGUUAAAGGUGCUUUUGUUACCGCUUGUUAUGGCUCUCCUAAGGGGGACAGCCAUAACAAGCGGGAUAAACGAACACCAAAAACCUACCGCUAACUAAUCGAGGAGAGUGACAACGACAACUUCUAUCCGGAAGAGAACGACGGUGGAGAUGGCUCACCAGCAUUCUAG